AUGCAGGUUUUUCCUUCCAAUUUCGAGGAAAUCAAUGAAGUUUUGACUCAAUCAGAGAGAGUUAUGCUACUGGAGAAGUUUGAGACUGUUAAGGUAAAGGUAGUGGAUAGUAUACAACGCUAUUAUGACAUGGAUUUCAAGAAGUGGCCAAGUGUGAAUGAUAGGCUGGUUUUGAACCAUGGGUGGAUGCAGCUUGUCAAAGACAAUCAUCUUCAGAAAGGUGAUGUGGUGGAAUUAUGGAGCUAUAGACAAGAUUCUCACUUGUGUUUUGCUGUAAAAAUCUACGAGCGAUCAAAGAGGAAUAUCUCCAGCAGUGAUUAA